AUGAACUUUUUCAGGAAGGAAAAACUAGAAAGAGCUAUCACAGAUUUUCAGAUUGUCUUCUGCAUUUCGCCACAUCUUCUGAGAUAUAAAGGUUUGCUAGCUAUGAUGAUUUCACUGCCUGCUUGCAAACAAGCACAGUCCCUUCUAAAUUUUCCAGGGGGACUUCAAAUGGAUCAAUUUAUUCCGUGGCGCCAAAAGGACAAGGUUGUUAUAGUAGUUGGUGCAACGGGGUCGGGCAAAUCAAGACUUUCCAUUGAUUUAGCCACCCGUUUUAAUGCAGAGAUUGUGAAUUCUGAUAAAAUGCAAGUGUACAAAGGUCUUGAUAUAGUAACAAACAAAGUGAAAGAAGUGGAGUGUCGUGGAAUUCCCCACCAUUUGUUAGGAGUAAUUGAUCCUGAUGUGGACUUCACUUCUGAUGAUUUUGUACGCCAUGCAUCACGAGCAGUUGAUUCCAUUAUGAGAAAAGGCCGGCUGCCGAUCAUUGCCGGUGGCUCGAAUUCAUACAUCAAGGCAUUGGUAAAUGAUGAUACAGAGUUUCAAUCAAACUAUGAGUGUUGCUUCCUUUGGGUGGAUGUAGCUAUGGCAAUCCUGCAUUCAUUUGUGUCGAAACGUGUAGAUCAAAUGGUUGAUGUAGGUUUGAUUGAUGAAGCUAGGGAAUUUUUCGACCUCGAUGCAAAUUAUACGCAGGGAAUCAAACGUGCCAUUGGUCUGCCAGAAAUGGAUGAAUUUUUCAGGAACGAGUCAGUUGUUGAUGAUGAAACGAGGGCUAGGCUUCUCAAGGCAGCAAUCUAUAAAAUCAAAGAAAACACUUGCAAAUUGGCGUCUCGUCAACACCAAAAUAUUCUUGGGCUCCAGAAUCAACUGAAAUGGAAUAUGCACCACCUCGACGCGACGGAGGCAUUCCUCAAACGUGGGGUGGAGGCUGAUGAAGCUUGGAAAAUGGUUGUGGAAGGGCCAAGCACCGAAAUUGUUGGCUGCUUCCUAAACGACACCAGCGCCCAUGACCACAGCAUCCGUCAUCGGUACCACAAACAUCACCGCAGUCGUAGCCGCCACACACUGAUAGGAUCCCACCUAUCAAUGAUUAGCGCCAGCCUUGGAGGUAAAUCUUUGUAA